CCUGCCUUUCAGCGAGAAGCGACGCCCACAAACCAAGCACAAUGGAUAGGUAACGGUUAACUUUGAUGGAAAACUAAAGUUGCCAAACUAAAGCAAGUUAAACAAACUACAUCCUUUUCACGUGACAAGUUACAUGGAAGGCUUAAGAAUGUAUUGGAGACGAAAAGGGAACCAAAUAUUUAGGAGUUGCGCGUCACAAUCCACAGGAUUCCACAGAGGGCUGAUCACCGUAGAACUUGCAAGGUGUGUAUUUAUGUAAAUUCUAAAAAUCAUAGGCGUGCUUUUAGGCGAUGGAGUCACAGCCCGAACUCAGAACUCCUGGUAUAUCAACGAGCUGCAAAGACGGUGAUGCGCACAGCUCGGACGUACUGAGGAACAACGGAUGAGGAAACGUUUCACGCUCUAUAAAGAAAGGACACAGAAAGGAAAAGGCAGAAGUGACGACUAUCCAUGAGAGAAGAUCUUAUUUACUGUCCUCCCUCAUCUCACGACAAAAGACGCGCGAGUCAACCAGAGUUAGCAGUUGUGUAAUUUAUUUACUGCGCACUGAGUAGCCUAGCCUAUUUGCCUUGAUUUUAUUUAUGUUACAAUAUAGAGGAGGUACUGCACUCUGACUGAAGAUACCGAUGUGGAUGAAGUUGACAUUGCCCCUCUAUAGCCUACUGUCACAGCGCGUAAAAUCCACAUUUGGAUACGGUCCUGUCUCUAAAGAAACUUUGUAGUCAAUUGCCGUUACAUUUUCUCCACAAUGUCUGAAGAAGAUAAUAGUUGCACUGGUGCUGGUCCUAUAAUUGAGGUUGAAAACAGCAAUAUCAGCGUUCUCGGCUGGGAACAAGUGCAGCGCCUUGAUGCCAUCCUGACGGAGACCAUCCCCAUCCACGGCCGGGGAAACUUCCCCACUUUGGAGAUGAAACCCCGACAAAUAGUGAAAGUGGUGCGUAGUCGCAUGGAGGAGAGGAAUAUCCACGUCCGGGACGUGCGGUUAAACGGGUCUGCUGCAAGCCACGUUCUUCAUGAGGAUAGCGGACUGGGCUACAAGGACCUUGACCUAAUCUUUUGCGCGGAUAUGAAAGGUGAAAGUGAUUUUCAGAUUGUAAAGGAUAUCGUUUUGGACUGUCUCCUGGAUUUCUUACCUGACGGGGUGAAUAAGCAGAAAAUAUCGCCAUUGACUUUAAAGGAAGCCUAUGUGCAGAAGAUGGUGAAGGUGUGCAAUGAUUCAGACCGCUGGAGCCUCAUCUCCCUCUCCAAUAACAGAGGCAAGAACGUGGAGCUCAAGUUUGUAGACUCUCUGAGGCGGCAGUUUGAGUUCAGCGUGGACUCCUUCCAGAUCAAGCUGGACUCUCUGCUGCUGUUCUAUGAAUGCUCCGAGAACCCCAUGGCCGAGUCCUUCCACCCCACCAUCAUGGGCGAGAGUGUGUUUGGGGACUUUGGUGCUGCCCUCGACCACCUAUGCCAGAAGGUGAUCUGCACGCGCAACCCGGAGGAGAUCCGGGGCGGCGGCCUGCUCAAGUACUGUCACCUGCUGGUAAGGGGCUUCCACGCCGACUCCGAGACGGAGAUGAAGUCCCUGCAGCGUUACAUGUGCUCGCGCUUCUUCAUCGACUUCUCGGAUAUCAGCGAACAGCAGCGCAAGCUGGAGUCAUACCUGCAAAACCACUUUGUGGGCCUGGAGGACCGCAAGUAUGACUACUUGAUGACCCUGCAUGGGGUGGUCAACGAGAGUACAGUGUGCCUGAUGGGACAUGAGAGGCGGCAGACCCUGGGGCUGAUCGCCAUGCUGGCGGUGCGCGUGCUGGCCGAGCAGAACGUCAUCCCAAAUGUGGCUAACGUUACCUGCUACUACCAACCAGCCGCCUACGUGGCAGACGGUAACUUCAGUAACUACUACAUAGCCCAGGUACAGCCCAUGUUCCACUGCCAGCAGCAUGCCUACUCCACCUGGCUACACUGCAACUGAGACAGCACAGGGAAAGGAAGGCGUGAGAGAGAGAGAGGGAGGAAGAGUCUGAUUAAUUCAUACGGGCUGAAUCACUGGGCUGACUCACUGUCAAGUGUUUUUCAGAUGAAUGAAUGAACGAGAAAAAAGGUAUCCCCACGACCCACCGUCCUGUAUUGAAUUAAAGCCCCAAUGUUUUGUUAUGCUCUGUUAGAGCGUGAUGGGGGGGGGAAGAAAAUGACAGUUGGGUCUCAGAUCCUGUGAGGUCGGUCUUAAACCAAUGGCAGGACAGUUUACUGUGAAAACCUCACCAAUGUUCUCCUGCUAGGGAGCGCAAUGCCACCCUGUCUGACACCUAACCCAAGCUUGGGAAGUAUGGGAUGGGUUUGCCCAAUACAAUGCAAACAACGACGGACAAGAAUGAAAGCAGCAAUACUUUCAUUGACACUGACCUGGAUUGACUGACUCUGUUGCGAACUGAAAAGGCUGUUGAAUUGAGCGACAGACAGACCAUAAUGUGUGGCUGCAUCAGUAUCCUGUGGUGUCCAGCUGUGAGGAGGACGCAGGCCCCUUUACUCUCUGAGGGGGGUGUGGCUUGCACCCUGACGCACGCUGGGCAACGUCCCAGCAACACAGGGGUUGCUAGAGCACCAUAAAACUCUCGCUUUAUUUCUUGUGUGGUGAGAUGUCAUCACAAGCUUUGAAUGACAAAAACUACACCUUAACUAGUAAUGAUUGAUAUGAACAUGAUGUGUUUACAAACCAAAGAUUUUUGAUUUAUUGUUUUUAAUACCCAAGUUUGGUGGGGAAGAAAACAAAUGUAUAAUGCUAUCUGUAUAUGUAUAUGUGAACAUGUGUUUUAAGUGCCUAACGCCUAUCAGUAGUAUAGGCAGAGGAAUAAUGAGCAGCAGGCCAUAUCGUUUUGUGAAUAAACCCAGUCUGAUUUUCGUCAUGCACACAAGACAAUAGCACCCCAGAGGCUUGUGAAUGUAACCGUGAAAUCCUGAUUCAAAUCCUGAUACACUCAGUGUUGAUGUCAUAUUUUUUGGAAGAAAGCAACAUAUCCCCUUGCAGUCAUAGAGUAUAAGUUAAUGGGGGAGAGAUGGGGUUUUGCUGUACUUUAUACAAAGGAGUUUGACAGGUUGAUACAAGACCUUGAGUUAACAUUUGCUGAUAUUUUAAACAUUCCAUCUCCACAUAAUAAUAACAGUACCUCCUCAUAGGUGCAUUGAAGCCACAUAGGCUAGAGCAUUGUUUGCUGUUGCUCUCCCAUAGUCAUUUUCAGACAAACAAACUCCACAGGAAUAUUAGUUUGUGCCGUAGUGCAUGUACCGAGAUGGUUUAAUAUUGUUUUGUCGUUGUUCAUGUUGACAGGGUUGGUGAGCAUUUCAGAUAUCAGCAAUAAAGAAAGGCAACAUCC